UUUACGAUUUGCCUCCGGACACUUUAACGCAGCAUCAGAAUCUCCUUUUCUUAUAUGACUUCGCAUUGGCCGCCUUCUGUGACUUUGGAGACACUGUACUGCUCCUGUUUGUAGUCCAUCAGUUUUGGCGUAGUAUAGAAAGUGGACAUCAAAACAGGAGUGAGUUUUCUGCUGCAACAGAGAUCCCGAAAGACAUUUCUUCCCGGUCUAUACUGAACUUUAGCACCGUGCUGGAAGGAUCUGCAAUAGAGGAUAUAUGUUUGGUAAAGGUGCGAAGCGGAAGCUGGACGAGGAUGAAGAGGGGCUGGAAGGCAAAACGCUGGAGGUGCCGAUGGCGGGAGGGGGAAUAGGCCUUGGUCCAGAGGGUCUGUCCAAGGUGUCCUACACCUUGCAGCGACAGACCAUCUUCAACAUCUCUCUGAUGAAGCUGUACAGCCAGCGGCCGCUCGGUGAGCCCAGCCUGGAGCGCCGCGUCCUCAUCAACAACAUGCUGCGCCGCAUCCAGGAUGAACUCAAGCAGGAGGGCUCUCUGCGGCCGCUGCUCUUCCCGCCAUCACCCCCGCCUGACGACCCCAUGGAUGAGGGCUACCGUGAGGCGCCACCCUCCUUUGGUGUGUUGUCAGCGACGGCACAGAUGUCCCAGCCUUCUGCGCUGCUGAUGCCGGUUAUUGCUCCUCUGCCUUCGCCCCACCCAAUGGUGCCUCCCAACUUCCAGGCAUCCCAGGCCUGCCCAGGUCGGGUGGAGGCCUGUCCAACCCCUCUGGAAGCCUGCCUCACUCCAGCCUCUUUACUGGAGGAGGAUGGUGGAGACUCAGCCUUUUGUGCUCCAUCCCCUCCCACCCCUCCUCUGUCGCCUCCCCCAGCACAGCCUUCCCCGUUACCCUCGGCACUUCUGAGCCAGGCGCCAUCCAGGGUCCCUGUGCCUGCCUCGUCCAAUGAUAGCUUCCCCUCCGCUCUGAGUGACAUGGAGUUGGACCCUCCCACAGCCAUAGCAAGGACAGCAGCAGCUAAUACUACGACCGUGACUACCUCCCCUGCUCCCAUGCCACUCACCCAGCCCUCCCACAUCACACCCCUCUCCCCGGCACCCACGGGCUCACUCAAAGACUGCAGGACCACAGGUGCUAAACCAGAGGUCGCUGGCGUCUUGCUAGCAGAAAGCCGCUGUGUGGAGCUCCGGCCAAUGGACACUCUGCCCAUACUUCCCCCUAGUGGCCUGGUAGACAAUUCUCCUUCUCCCUCGUCCCCUCCUUCCUCUUCCUCACCCUCGGGGUUUCUCUCAGACUUGGCGCUGGACGAUGUCCUGUUCGCCGACAUCGACACGUCCAUGUAUGACUUUGACCCCUGUACAACAGCGGGGGCUGCGGGCGUUACGGCAGGCGGCAGCCUCACCAAACUGUCGUCAGUAGUGACAGCAGACGACCUCCUCAAAUCACUGUCGUCGCCGUACAGUGGCCCCGCCCCCCAGGUUUCAGCCAAUCAGCCUUUCAAAAUAGAUCUGACAGAACUGGACCACAUUAUGGAGGUGUUGGUGGGUUCGUGACUCGUGAAUGCCCCAACCUCAGAAACUCACAGACAGAUCAACCAGAAGGACAGACUGGAAUGAAACGGAAACGAUGUGGGGGGGUGUCUCCUUGUUUUUAUGUUUUUUUUUACUCUCUUCAAAGGUCGGUAAUUGUAAACAUCGAUGGUGAUGUCAUUCAGUACUACUAUGACAACUACUACUACACAACACUGUGCAUGCACUGUGCUCGCCUUUCCAAAUAUGGAAAUGAAGUAACCGUACAGCAAAGACACACAUGCGGUUGUAUUUCUAUACUUGUGAGGACCCCCAUUGAUCAGUUCAUUCCCUAAUUUAACCGAGUUUAAAUCUUUGACCUUAGCCUUAACCCGAAAAUGUCACUGUAUAUACACAACAUGAGGGCCUGCAGCUAGUGGUGAAUGAUUUUUCCCGCUCACGCUAUCAAUGCGAGGACCAUACUCCUCACAAGUAUAGAAAUCAAGUAAACACACGGACAUGAUACAUAACACACACACACACCCACACACACACACACCCACACCCACACCCACACACAAACACACACACACACACACACACACACACACACACUGAUUUCAAGGCUUAUAGCAGAUGAGUGCCUUUCAAAAUGACCACUUAUUCAAUUCCUGUUUCUACAGUAUUUUAUUUCUAGUUUUUCACUUUAACAGCCUAGAGAGGUUACUCCUCUGUGAUUCUUAUUUAUUUUAUUGUAUUAAAACUUUAAUUAAGGAAGGUAAUUUCUCACGAUCAAAUAAUAAUUAUUUAAUCUUUAUCUUAUAACAGAUACUAUGUUUCAUUCGAUUACAUGGUUUUAGCUGUUUGCUACCUUACAUUUUAGCUUGGCUAUAUAUUAACGCUUUGGGAUUAUAUCUACAACACAUCACCUGUGUGUUUGUUUAAUUCUCUAGUGGAAGCAGAGGUCUGCUCUGGUAUACAUCAUGUCUAUGAAUUCAGUUCAGGACUGUUUGUUUUUCCUCGUCUUCAUUGGAAGCACAUAUAACUGUGCCGGACGCUGAUUUACAUGAGUUGAGUCGUUCUCGAUGGUUAUCAUGCUUCACUUACAGCAGAAUUCAAAUGAGCUUCACCCACUGCAAAGUGUUUACAUUGGAUCCAGCAGCAAUGCCGCCACCACCAGCUUUGCCUCCCAGUUGGACAGAGAUGAUUUAAAACUCCAACCUAAGCAGAGACUUUAGGCUUCAAACACACAUUUAAUUUGGCUGAAAGGGACCCAAGACUAAACCACUAACGCAGACUGUGCAGAAAAUCCAAAUGUGACUCCAUAGAAUUUCUAAGAAACACACACAGAAACUCAAUAUUUUCAGAGAGUUGCCUUAUUUUGGUUUGGACCAUACAGAAUUAGCAACAUGAGUGACAGACAAAUUACAGCACAGCACACAAUGUCACACACAGCCUGUAUUUGCAGAGUGUGUUUACUUAUGUUUAGAAGAGGAGCCCCGUAUGCCAAAUCUCAGGGUUCUGCUCACAUCUGUAUGUUGUGCAGUAGUGUUUUGACACUAAAGCCAAACGCACUCGACAGCAGAUCUGAAACUGUUUGGUGAAAAUAUUUAAUGCUUCUAAUAAUCUCCACUUAAUAGGGCAGCCAAAACCACCCUGAUAACCUGAUAUGGCUACAAUGCAAAAGAACCCCCCCUCCCUCCUCCCUCCUCUGUGGGCCGCUUUGCAUGAUUUUUUUGCACAAACAGACAAAAUGUAAUGGCAGCAUUUUACACAAGGGUCACAUGAGGAUUCUUAAGUUCUUUAUGUUUCCUUUUGUGCAGACCACACACACACACACACACACACACAUCCACACCCACACACACACAUCCACGCACACCCAUACACACACAUACACUGAGUUUUAAAUAGAUUAGAAAUACUCAGUGUAUCAGAGCUGUGCCCUCAGCUGAGCCUUGUAUUUGCUCUCUUUUGAAGUUUGAAAUAGUCCUUUUUACAUAAAUAUCCCAUUAUAUUUUUCAAACUAUCAAGUUGGGUUACAUUUGCUCAAUUUAACCGUCCAAAGUCACACUCACUUCAGCCCAAAAUAAAAAUGGCUGAUAACUAUGAUGAAAUCAAAGUCUUCAGAGUAAAGACAAAAGGCUUUAUGUAAAUCGUGUCAGAGUCAUCUACAUCUACCUUGAUAGACGGCAAUAAUGAAGCCACAAACAUAAUUUCAAAAUCUGAAAAUGUCACGUUUUGUUAUGAUUUGCACAAGCCCCUGCCAUGAGGCCCCUGUUGGCCUCAUGGCAGUUGUAAUUUUAUAGGCAGGAAACAGAGGCAAUAGUAAAUCACAGACCAAGCUUUUCCCUUUAUUUCAAACUUGUAACAUCACCAUGACAUUUUGACGUUUACUGAGUCUUCAAGGUGCAAAACCAUUUCUUAUGUUAAAGAGAUGAUACUGAAUUCACCAAGACGUGUCAGUUUUCCAAAAUUCAACAAGAUCUUAACUAAUUUGCUCGAACCUGAAAGGAAAACAUCCACCCUGAGAUACCUGACACUUUCCACAAUCAAUAAUGUUCAGUCUGUUUCAGGACUUCUACAUUUUUUGAGUGUUUUGAGAUGAUUCUGUUUCCUUCUCAUUCUGUAUGAAAUGUUAACAUCAGAAUCAUAGAACAUGUAACUUUGACAGUGUAGAUCACUUUUUCUCUUUCACCAAACACUGUUAAUGCUCAUUUGCACUGCAGUCUGACAUUAUUCACAAUGAAUUUGACAUUUAUUACAAUAAUAUAGGAAUAAACAACACAGACUGCAGUGGUCAGGCUUGCAAAGCACACUGGCCAAUACUUCAGGGUGGAUUUUUCCUUUACAGAUAACAGAUCACACAUAUACACAGCUUGGCUUUGGUGUGAAAUGGUAUGUUAAUGGUAUUACUGGCAGCGGUCUCAGCUGGUGGGACUCGGUAGUUGUUAAUGGGAUUGAAUGUGUAAUCUGGAGUCCAGUCUAACUCACAUUACUGUGUGGUGUUAAACUUGUUCCAGUGGAAGAUGAGUAGUUUUCCAAUGUGCAUUUAUCCCCCAGCUAAAGUGUUAAUGAACUGAAUUCACAGCAGAGCAUGGGCCGAGCAGAGAGCAGCACCGACGACUAAAACUGUUUGUAGACGACUCUAUCUUGUUUCUUUCAAUAUGUUUGAAUUUUGGAGUGGUUGUUUUUGGGUCAAUGAAGUUAUUUAUUCAUAUUGUUUUCUUUUCUGUGUAAAUAUAUAUAUUUAUUUUGAUGUGAAGUGAACAUUGGAUUGUAAAUGUGUGUACAGAAUGUUUGGUAGGAAUGUACUUCAGAUAGGAAUGUAUCUGAGUGGAAAUAUGGGUGGAAGCCAUUUUUUAUAUACAUAGGAUGUUAUAUUACCUUGUUUAUCUGUUUGUUUGUUGCUUUGUUAUGGAUUUUUGUGGGGUGGCAGCCUCAUCUUUUUACAUAUUUUAUACUUUUAUGUUCAUCAUUUUCCAGUUGAAGGCGAUCAGUUCAUGCAGCAAUACUCAAAAAGCCGUCUCCGAUCUUCAGAUGUCAAACUCCAAAGCCUGUCAUAGACGCUUCAAUGCCAAAAGUAAUGUACAUAGUAUGAACAACAUUCGAGCUCCUGAGACUUUUUUGAUCAGUGUUUGUUACCGGAUCUGUUUUAGCGCUGUCCGAGCGUGCUGCAGCUCGUAACCCAGAGAAAUGCUGACCGCAGUCGAGGAUGAUUCCCUCUAAGAAGGCUGUAUUUUACACAGACCUCUGAGCUGUGCCUUUUUCUAUGCAAUAGAACACAAAGAGAGAAACUGUCAGCUGAUCACUGUAUUGGGAUAAAAAUGUGGACUGUAGAUUAUAUAUAUAUAUAUACAGUAUAUAUAUACAUAUAUAUAUAUAUGUAUAUAUACAUAUAUAUAUAUGUAUAUAUAUAUACAUAUAGUAUUUGAAAUAAAGGACAGCUGUCUAUGAAUUUG